UCAACAACCUGCCGAUCAAAUCAAAGUCGGCAGAGCAGACUUUCAUAUUUCUUUUCAGUGAGUGCGAGCGAGAAAGUCCGAGAGAGAGAGAAAAUCCUUUUUCAUCAAAGAUCAAUAUUUCUCACCCUUCGCCCUAUGGCUUCAUCUCUAUCCCUAACCCCCUUCAAUUUCCGGCCGCACCCACGCUUCUCGCCGCCCUCCUCUUCUUCACUUCCACGGUCUGGUCGGAAACCGGCGGCCGGGGUCAGAUCGGAGAUGAAAAUCUACAAAGGGACACGCAUCAGAGAGCAGCGGCUGACGGAGAUGAUCGAGCAGAAGGUGGCGGAGGCGAAGCAAGUGUGCGGCGAAGACGAGACUUCGGACGAGUGCAAGGUGGCGUGGGACGAAGUGGAGGAGGUCAGCCAGGCGAAGGCCGAUCUCCGCCUCAAGAUCCACCACUUGCAGCAGGAUCCACUCGAACACUUCUGCCAGGAGAAUCCAGAAACCGAUGAGUGUCGUAUAUAUGAAGAUUAAUAGCUAAUUUCGUUCAUCUUACUAGUUAUUUUAACUAUGCGAUCUACCUCCAGAACUUGUUCUUAUCCAGUUUGAUUACUGUGUUGUUACUAUUGUUGGAAAUUGUGGGAUCUUAUUAUGUCAAUAUAAUACAGUAUAUGGUGAGAGAGAAUCUGCUAGUAGAGAUGUUUAUGCUUUUGUUAAAUAUUUUAUCAUCUCUGUUUUAUUAA